UGCAAAUACAUCAAAUUUACAAUUAUUUUAAAUAGAAAAUCCAAAUAUUUAAAAAGCUGUAACCUGCAAAUGUUUUAAAUUUUUGCUUGAUAAAUUACUUGAAAUUUGUAAUUAGUAAAAGUGUUUUCCAUUUAUUUUCUGAUGAUGAACUAAACAACUAUUUAGCCACUGAAAACAUAUUCAAGGUUUUUAUGACUAUUUUAAAUUGUGGUACACUGUGCAAGAGAUAGUAAUGUGUUUGGUUCUGUCACUGCUCUCACAGGGCAAACUCUAUCAGUUGUGGUCAGGUGAUGGGAAAUGAGAAAAAAGGCAGCCGCAGCUCUGCAGUGAGGCUGCAGGCACUGAACAGACCAGGUGUGUGUGGUUUGGACAACUCCGGAAACUCCUGCUACUUAAACGCUGUGUUACAAUGUCUGUGUUCCACUGUGCCCCUGGUGGAGCACCUCCUUAACCAGGACACUCGCAAAGAGCUGGCAAGGUCUAAGUGCCGGAUGGCCGAGGUGUUUGUCCGCCUGCUGGAGGAGAUGUGGCUGGGAAGGAGCUCCAGCUGUGCCCCUGUGGAGGCCAGGUCUGUGCUGUGCUCCAUCCUCCCCCAGUUCAACAACUACUCCCAGCAAGACGCCCAGGAAUUGCUACUCUUUCUCCUCAAUGCACUCCAUGACAACCUUAAAAAGGUUGCAAAGCGCCAGAUGCGCUCCUCAAUAAGACAGCCGAGACAAGACCAAAAUAGAAACUGUGCCACUGCAGCAGGAGAAUCUACCAUCGUCUCACAUCUGUUUGAGGGCACGUUGGGCUACAUGACCCUCUGCAUGCACUGCGAUCACCAGGCACACAGCACACAGACCUUCACUGUACUGUCCUUACCAAUUCCUACAGACAACAUUAAAUGCUCCAUUCAGGACUGCCUGUCACUGUUCUUCGAGCAGUCCAUCCUGACUGGGACAGAGCAGAUGCUGUGUUCAGUGUGUGGGCUGAGGAGGGAAACGGCAGUCCUCACAUGUUUGGAAAAACCACCUGAAAUCCUAAUGUUGCACCUGAAACGGUUUGGCUGUAAGGGGAGGAACCAGGUGAAACUGAGGACUAAUGUUGUGUUCUCCAUGAGGCUGGAUCUCACCCCCUUUCUAUCCAGCUCAGUACAGAACACUUCAUAUUCUUCAUACCGCCUUUAUGCUGUUGUGAACCAUGCAGGUCACCUGAACAUGGGUCACUACACAGCUAUGUGCCACAACACCCUGACCAGGACCUGGCACUGUUUUGACGACUCAGCAGUCAAAGAAGUACAGGACAGCCUUGUGCAAUCUCCAAAUGCAUACUUGCUGCUCUACAGCCGCAAGCCUUUCCAGAAGCCAAAGAUCUAUGGACUCUGAGCUCUCCAACCAACAGACCAAAUCCAUUAGGAGGCUGUUAAACUCCAUGUCCCAUUUCCCCUUAUCAUCUUUGCCAUCUUAAUUAAUGCAGAUUUAAAGGAUCUUGGUGUCUGCUCCUCAUCAGUCAGAACUGCGUUCAGGCAACGUCUGUGAUGCUUGUCUUCCUGCUGGCUUAUCCAUACCUGUACUUCAAAUAAAUUAGAGAAUCUACCAUUGACUUGUGUGCUACUUUUAUAGGCAAAUGUUGUGUAGUGUUUAUGUACUGUACUGUCUUACAACCACAGGAAUACAAGGGCAGGGUUUCGCUCAGCCUGUCACAGUCCUUUAUGUUAACACUGAACACAUUUGCUGAAAAUGUGUUGAAUCACACACACAGAAACACUAAUUUGAAGCAGUUUUAAUAAAUAGUCAUAUGAGUUGUUUGAGGUUAAUAUAAUCGUUAUAUCUGAAACAAUUUCUUAGAGCAUUAAGAAAUAAAAUCAACAUGUACAAGUAAAAAGAAAACAGAUUAUGAUCUCAUGCUAGGCAAUAAAACUGUAGUCAGGAGAGUCAAAUCCUGCCAACUCAGAUCUCUGGUCCAUUCAGGAAAAAAAUCAGUAUACUCUGUGCUUGCUCUUGUCAGUCGUUCAGUCAGUCAGGCAGCAAAUGUUGACGCUAACGCACUCGUGUAAGUGAAUAAGGUCAAUUUCUCAUGUCUUCAUAUUUCCCUAGGUCUGUGCUAAACACAGAAACAAAAUGAAUCAGAUAAAUCAAAAUCCAGCCUCCAACAAACAUGUUAUUUCAAAACCAGCAUCACUGGUAUAAGCCAAGGAAGAUGCCAACUUUUCCCAGUAAUAUUUCCUCUAAAUAGUUUGUGUGUUUGAAUAUAAUAAUGUAAAGAGUUAAGUAUGUUUAAACAGAGAAUCAACUCUACAACAAACUUUAGAGAAGCAGGUAGGUUUUUCUGUCACUGGCUGGACCGAGCAAGACGGACAAGAUCUCAGCAACAGUGUCGUUUUAAAGCAUUCUGAGUUGAGUAUUAAUGUCUGCUGUUAAACAAUGUGUCCUACAUAAACAACUUAAACUGAUUGCAUAUUGUGUAAGUGCAAGAAGGUGGCUAAUAUGAACAAGCAACAAUCUCAAUUCCCUCCUCUUCAUCAGGAGGGAUGCAAAAUUCUAAUACUCACAGUCUCUUCCGUCCCCUUUAAGAUCAUGAUAAACAUCAGAAGGCUAUAGAGUUAAACCCUAAAACACACGGUUUGUCUUUAUGAAUAUGGUGAUGCUAUGAUGGCUGCUACUUUCAAGGGAAAAAAAUAAUAA